AAACUGCGACCAAGAGAUGCCAAAUCCUCUUUUUAUUCUUUAGUUUUCUUACAUUGACAUCUGGAUUAUUACCAGCUCUUUUUUUUCUUUUGAAACACUUACCAGCUCAUUCUUCCUUUUAUUGUUUAAACUGUCUCUAUUUUAGCAUUUUUAAAUUUAUUUCUAAAUUCAUCGACCUAUCUUUCUCUCGUUUAUAUAUUAAUUUAUUGCCUAUUUAGCAAAGUAUGAAAAACAGAGUGUUAUACUCGUGGUUCCUUGGCUCUGCGAAUCUGGUCAACAAUUGGGCUUAUCACGGGAUCUGGCAUGAUAUUUCAUACAGAACAGUGAGGACCCGUGACUAUAUGCUUUCCUUUGUUUCUUCACCUGAAAAAAAAGAGAUAGAGAGUGGCGAUGGCUAUUCGGAGGCGAUCUUCACAGCCGCAACAGAUGGAGCUCCGGUGAUAGCAGUUCAAGCUUGGAUGGUGCUCUCGGACUUUCCCUGGUCUUCGAUCUGCAGCAGAGAAGCUGAACCGACAACACAUCCAAGCAUGGGCGAUGGGUUCUUCUUCUCUUCUUCCUCCUCGGGCUUCUACUGUUUACAUAUGAGGACGACAUGCAUGUACAGAGUGAUCAUCAUCUACUGUUGGAACUUUACAUCAGCUACUGCCUACUGCCUUUUGAACAUUAUAUAUGGCUCUUAUUCAGCUUUCUCAUGGAACCCACACUUCUUUGAAAGCAACUCAUCUCCAGAUGGCAAAUGAGGGUGAAAAUCAUGGAGCAGACCAACCUAUGAAUGUCUUAGGUGUUCUUAAUCCUUCCAGAGUGAAUGGAUCAUUGUGGUUCAAAUGUGAUUCCGUAAUCACUAAUGAGAUAAGAACAAUCAUCCGAUCUGAUUUUCCUGGCCCGUAUCGAAACUGGUCAACUACACCGCAACAUGUGAAAGAGCGAUGGUGGUUCACAUUCAAGAGCAAAUUCUUUUGGAAUCACUUGAUUGAAUCCGAGGUGCGUAAGAUGUUUUGCAAAUGUGCUGAGACUAAACUGAUCAAUAUGAUCAGCCGAGUAAAAGAAAGAGAUAAGCAGCCAUAUUGGAUCCUUGAUGAUUACUACAAAGACUUGGUUGCCUACUGGGGAACAGAUAAAGCUAAGGAAAAAAAGUAAAAAAGCGUCUAAGAGUCGAAUGUCAGAUCGAGCGGGCUGGGACCUCAUAAACACCGAUCUGGCUCACGUUCAUAUGCUAGGGUUGCCGAUAUAUUGGUAAGACUUGUUUUCAUAUGUACUACUUUAAAUAUUAUUUUGUAACACUUCUCCUUUGUAGAAAGAAAAGAACGGAGAUGCAUCUUACAUUGAUGUUCUUUGUGAGACACACAAGAAAUCAGACGGGUCAUUUGUGGAUGAAAGGGCAAGGCUAAUUAGUGAAAGAUUUGAAAAAAAUGUAGCUGAUCAUAUGCUUGAAGAUGAUGUCCUAGUCACAGAAGAGCUAACUUCUGAGAAGAAGAAUCAAAUGUAUUUGAAGUUGGUUGAUUCAACACAAGGUCGUGUGUUUGGUCUUGGAGCUCUUCUUAGUGAGGUUUCACUCAAUGCUAAAAUGCCAGUCACCAUUGAAGCCACUUAGAAAAUGAUGAGUUGAAGAAAAAUGUACAAGACAUUUCUCAAGAAAAUGAAGAUAUCAAUGAAAGGUUGAGCAAACUUGAAGGCUUGGAGAAAAUGAUUGCCAUCCUUUGUCCAGCUAUUCUAUCCAAGGUGUCAACAACCAAGUUUAAAUUGGUUGCUUUUGUUAUUCGAAGGUUUUAUUAGUUUUUUCUAGUUUUAAAUUAUUGCUGGUUUUUCUCUAUUAAUGCAUUGUUGAUUUUUUUUUUAAUAUUUUAGUUUAUUUAAUAAAAUUGGUGUUUGACU